GCGGCGGGAGGAGGGAAUGCGCGUGCGCGCUGGACCGGCUCGUCCUGUUCCGUCCCAAUCAUUGUAAACAGGCGGAGGCUGGGCGGGGUGGGAAUGGGGCGCCCGAGGCCGGCCUGGGGCGCAGCGCAGGAGGCGGCUCCGGUGGCUGCGGCGGCAGAGUGAGCGCGAGGAGGCGGAGGCUGCGGCGGGGCGGGCGGUCGCGCGGCGGCAGGCACAGCUGAAGGCUAUGCAGCCUUUCAGGAAGAUAGCUCUGGAGAUGAGGCAGAAAGUCCUUCUAAAAUGAAGAGGUCCAAGGGUAUCCAUGUUUUCAAGAAGCCCAGCUUUUCUAAAAAGAAGGAAAAGGAUUUUAAAAUAAAAGAGAAACCCAAAGAAGAAAAGCAUAAAGAAGAAAAGCACAAAGAAGAAAAACAUAAAGAGAAGAAGUCAAAAGACUUGACAGCAGCUGAUGUUGUUAAACAGUGGAAGGAAAAGAAGAAAAAGAAAAAGCCAAUUCAGGAGCCAGAGGUGCCUCAGAUUGAUGUUCCAAAUCUCAAACCCAUUUUUGGAAUUCCUUUGGCUGAUGCAGUAGAGAGGACCAUGAUGUAUGAUGGCAUUCGGCUGCCAGCCGUUUUCCGUGAAUGUAUAGAUUACGUAGAGAAGUAUGGCAUGAAGUGUGAAGGCAUCUACAGAGUAUCAGGAAUUAAAUCAAAGGUGGAUGAGCUAAAAGCAGCCUAUGACCGGGAGGAGUCUACAAACUUGGAAGAAUAUGAGCCUAACACUGUAGCCAGUUUGCUGAAGCAGUAUUUGCGAGACCUUCCAGAGAAUUUGCUUACCAAAGAGCUUAUGCCCAGAUUUGAAGAGGCUUGUGGGAGGACCACGGAGACUGAGAAAGUGCAGGAAUUCCAGCGUUUACUCAAAGAACUGCCAGAAUGUAACUAUCUUCUGAUUUCUUGGCUCAUUGUGCACAUGGACCAUGUCAUCGCAAAGGAACUGGAAACAAAAAUGAAUAUACAGAACAUUUCUAUAGUGCUCAGCCCAACCGUGCAGAUCAGCAAUCGAGUCCUGUAUGUGUUUUUCACACAUGUGCAAGAACUCUUUGGAAAUGUGGUACUAAAGCAAGUGACGAAACCUCUGCGAUGGUCUAACAUGGCCACGAUGCCCACACUGCCGGAGACCCAGGCGGGCAUCAAGGAGGAGAUCAGGAGACAGGAGUUUCUUUUGAAUUGUUUACAUCGAGAUCUGCAGGGCGGGAUAAAGGAUUUGUCUAAAGAAGAAAGAUUAUGGGAAGUACAAAGAAUUUUGACAGCCCUCAAAAGAAAACUCAGAGAAGCUAAAAGACAGGAGUGUGAAACCAAGAUUGCACAAGAGAUAGCCAGUCUUUCAAAAGAGGAUGUUUCCAAAGAAGAGAUGAAUGAAAAUGAAGAAGUUAUAAAUAUUCUCCUGGCUCAGGAGAAUGAGAUCCUGACUGAACAGGAGGAGCUCCUGGCCAUGGAGCAGUUUCUGCGCCGGCAGAUUGCCUCAGAAAAAGAAGAGAUAGAACGCCUCAGAGCUGAGAUUGCCGAAAUUCAGAGUCGCCAGCAGCAUGGCCGAAGUGAGACUGAGGAGUACUCCUCCGAGAGCGAGAGCGAGAGUGAGGAUGAGGAGGAGCUGCAGAUCAUUCUGGAAGACUUACAGAGACAGAACGAAGAGCUGGAAAUAAAGAACAAUCAUUUGAAUCAAGCAAUUCAUGAGGAGCGCGAGGCGAUCAUCGAGCUGCGAGUGCAGCUGCGGCUGCUCCAGAUGCAGCGGGCCAAGGCCGAGCAGCAGGCACAGGAGGACCAGGAGCCUGAGUGGCGCGGGGGUGCCGUCCAGCCGCCCAGAGACGGCGUCCUCGAGCUGAAAGCAGCUAAAGAGCAGCCAAAGGCAGGCAAGGAGCCGGCGAAGCCAUCGCCCAGCAGGGACAGGAAGGAGACGUCCAUCUGAGCAGCCUGCGCGGCCGUCUGGAGUCCGCGAGACUGAAAGGACCCGUGCAUCUUACUGUAACCCGGGGGCCAGGCCGGCUCUCCCGCUGUACAUUCUGUAAAGGUGUCUUCUCUUCUCAGACUCUUCCUCUGUCACACGUCUGACUCCUUCGCGUCAGGCUCAGGUUCCAUGGGAGGACGAAGCAGUGGACACAUUGUGGGCUUUAGGGACAGAUGAGUUUUCCAGAUAGUGUCAGCUUAUUUGAAGAUUAAUUUUCUUUGUUAACUUAAAAUAACUAUUUUAACCCUUGAGUGGCUUCUUUUUAAACCAAAAAUCGUCUUUCUUUGCUUUUUUAUCACAGCAGAAUCAGGAUCUCUUUCUCAUUCAAGGGGGGAACCACACCAGGUCAGCGCUGCGCCUGCUGUGGCCGCCGCGAGCCACGCCCUCCGGGAUCUCUGGUACCGUCACUCUUGCUUGUGCCUUCCACACCUUCUCGGUGCAGAUCCCUAUGGGGGAGCUGCCUCAUGUUCUCUGACUGGUCAGAGCAGCGCCUGGUGGGUGUUCCCUGGUCCACCCUCCUGUCUCCUGCAGUUGUAAACCGCAGUCCAUAAGCCCGAGUCACCAGGACGGCCUAUCUGGCCACAGACGGGCUGCCUGUGGAGCCUGCCCACCCGCCCUGGGCAGCACAGGCCUGCGGGGAGGAGGCCGCCUGUUCCCGCGGGUUCCUCACUGCGGGGACCAGCAAAGGCCUUCUCACUGGGUUGGUCAAAGGUAGUCACCUUGGCCUGGUGCAUCCACAGAGGAUGUUGCUCAAACCAGAAAUCUUUUAAACGACUGACCUUCCUUAAAAACUGAAUGACUCUGAUUGCUUGCUUGGGCUAGAAUGUACACGUCUCCUUGCCUGAAUAAGCCAUAUAUAUGCUCUUAAACAAAAGUUUGAAAUUAUCCAUAUCGUCUCAGUGAACCUACUGGUGGACUGACUCCCAAUUGACAAGAUUGAGCAAUAGAAAAAAAUUCCUUUCCUUUGAAUGGUAACUGUGAUUCGCCCCACCCUAUUUUCUUGUCUCUGGUCCAUCCAAUGAGACAUGAGACGGAUGCUCUGAUGCUCUGAGGCUUCUGGGAGGCCGGGCCCUGGAGGCACGUGCUGCAGGUGCACUCUGUCAGAGUGAAUAGCACCGUGAGACAGGCCAGGCUCGUGGCUCGGAAGACAAACCCCACACACACUCAAGGGGACGAAAACAAACCCCACACGAGGGCUCUCUCCUCCUCCUCCUAGGUAGUAUUUAUUUUCAGCACCUGUUUGAUGCAGUUUUUAAUCCUCUACCUAUUGCACUGUUGUGACUCGUUGGCCAUUAUUUGAUUUUUGUACGGAAAAAAGCUUUGUUAUAGAAAUCAGCAUACUAUUUUUUUAAAUCUGGAGAGAAGAUAUUCUGGUGACUGAAAGUAUGGUCGGGUGUCAGAUAUAAAUGUGCAAAUGCCUUCUUGCUGUCCUGUCGGUCUCAGUACAUUCACUUUGUAGCUGCUGGCAAUAUCGAAGGUUCCUUUUUUGUUUGUGUAAACUCUAAUUUCUAUCAAGGUGUCAUGGAUUUUUAAAAUUAGUAUUUCAUUACAAAUGUCUCAGCAUUGGUUAACUAAUUUUUGCCAGGACCAUUAUCGAUCAAGCAAAUAAAUUCAACAGCCAUUUGGGAAAAAGAAAAGCUUCUAGUGGUUUUGUAUCCAUUCUUUCUGUGAGGAGAUUGAGUACUCUGCCGCUGGUGAGGAGGUGGCUGAGGCACUUCUUCAAGGCCAAGGGGGGACACAGUGUUUUGUUUUCAGCUCACCUCUUUGAGCUGCACCCCUCACCUCUGCAGACACGGGGAGAACCCCGGACCCCUGGCAUGCAUGCUGGCUGCGGCGCGCCUCCCUUCCACGAGCCCACGCUGCUGCAGAGGGAGCCUGUGUGUGUUUGCAAAACCCAGCGGACUGGGUUGGGUCUGCGGACUGAGCAGCUCCUGGCCCCGGUGGGAACUGCAUACAAGUCCGCUGGCCUGGCUUGGCCCCAGGCAUUGCCAUUUACAGACAUUUGCAUUUCACACGGUAAAUGAGGACUCAGCACAGCCAACCAUAAUUAGCAUGUCUGGGAUAGACUGGUCUAGAAUAAAAAUGAAGUUUCCAUUGCUUUUUUUUGCUUUAAAAAUUCCACAAUUAAAGUAUCUGUCAUUGAAAGCUUA